CGAAGGCGAGCCUGUCUGUCUCCUGUCCUCUGCACUCUUUGAGUCACCGAGAAGGCUAGUAAGCCAUGGCCUCACAACUUCCAUAUGCGGCGGAUGCAGAAAGCCCGCUGAAACCUGCGGAACUCCAGGUUCUACGAGCACAGUAUGAGAAGGAGGGCGAGUACGUCGGAGUACAAACCAAAUUCAAUUACGCUUGGGGCUUAAUUAAAUCCAACUCUCGUCCGGAGCAACAAGAAGGCGUCCGGUUACUGUCAGAGAUCUUCCGCACCGCUCCCGAACGAAGGCGUGAAUGCCUUUAUUAUCUUGCCCUUGGCAACUAUAAACUGGGUAACUACGGCGAAGCACGAAGAUACAAUGACCUCCUGCUCGAUCACGAGCCCCAGAACCUGCAGGCUGCGAGCCUACGGUCGCUAAUUGACGAUAAAGUUGCGAAAGAGGGACUUGUGGGUGUUGCGAUUUUAGGCGGUGUGGCCCUUGCGGCAGGCCUAGUUGGUGGUCUUAUUAUGAAGGGAGCAAAGAGACGCUAAGGAGCCACAAGUAUCUGUGUGUCCCAACAUCACAGCCUGUCCUACCUUGAUUUGUGCCGCCAGUUGAGAAGCGAAGUGGGCAUUGGGAAGGCGUUUCUUGGUGCAUUGUCUUGUAUUCUUUAUUUGAGCACGAUCACCUGCUGUCAAUUUUUUCUUUUUUGUCUUCAAUGAGCUUUGCUGGCUUCAUCAUACCCUUCUGGAUUACUACAUACUAAUUCGUAUAUGUUACUGUACAUAUGUCCUAUGAACCUGCUAUUGAAUGCCUAGCA